GAUCCUCCCAAGUUGGCUGUCGACCAAACGUUGGAUUCACUAUUAGAAAGAACCGAGGGUCAAAUUACAUAGUACUCACUUGCAUUGAGCCCCAUGGCACUUGUGGAAAAAAAUACGUCUUCUGCUCAGCCUGCACUGACCACAUCUGUCUUUAAUCAAGGAAAUUGCCCCUUCAAAUGCAUCACGGAGGAGACACCACUGUCUUCCUGCUUUGAUUCUUCAGCACCUCCAAAGCCCUUGUUCAUUGUUACACCGACGGUAGCCGGCACUUACCCUGUAAUCUUGCUUCAUCACGGCUUCUACCUCCGUAACUACUUCUACGAGGAGUUACUCCAGCACAUAGUCUCACAUGGAUUCAUAGCUGUAGCACCUCAGUUAUGUGGGGUUGUGCCUCCAAGUGGACCUGAAGAAGUAGAGUCGGGAGCAAAAGUCAUAAACUGGUUGCCAAAAGGCCUCCAACCCCUGCUGCCAGAAAAUGUUGUAGCAGACUUCACCAAAUUUGCUCUUUCAGGCCACAGCAGAGGUGGGUUUACAGCAUUUGCAAUAGCACUUGGGCGUGCCAAAACUUCCCUGUCCCUCAAAAUUUCAGUCCUAAUAGGCAUUGAUCCUGUGGCCGGUAAAAAUCGAUACUGCACAACACGUCCUCAUAUCCUCACCUAUUCCCCUCAAUCUUUCGACCUCUCGAUUCCGGUCACGGUGAUCGGCACUGGCCUGGGACCGGAAAUUAAAACUUGCAUACCUUGUGCCCCAGAUGGCGUGAACCACAAGGAGUUCUUCUAUGAGUGCAAGCCUCCAUGUGCACAUUUUGUUGUGAAGGACUACGGUCACAUGGACAUGUUGGACGAUGAUCCACAGGGCGUGGUUGGGGCAGUGUCGGGGUGCAUGUGUAAAAACGGGACAGGACCGAGGGAGAUAAUGAGGAAGACUGUGGGUGGGAUUGUUGUGGCGUUUCUGAAUGCUUAUUUGAAUGGUGAUGAUAGGUAUUUGCUUGCCAUUGUUGGUGAUCCUGAUAGUUCUCCUGCAAAGCUUGAACCUGUGGAGUUCAUUACAGCAUAAGUUCAAGCUCAAGGUCGUCUUGAUAAUAAUCACCGACAUUAGCUGCACAUAUUAGCACAUAAAGAGUUAUAAGGCCUAUCAGUGGUUAAUGUCAGUGAUUAUUUUCAGGCUUUCCUCGAGGGUUAUUUCGGAUCCUAGAUUGUUAUUUUCGAAUAAACAGCUCAGUCAUCAAAUGCAUGUGCUCAAGUACUGAAAUUUGGGGGUUGAUAUGUACUAGAACCAUCUCAAUUUUUCUAAUUCAUUAUAUCAUGUUCAUUUAA